AUGAACAUCGCGAGCACUCUCACUCCUGUGCAGGCAGCAACUUAUCUGCGUACUCUACCCGCUAUUCGGGAACGGUGUUCACGUGUCUUCGAUCUUGCGACGCAGAAGAAAUUACAAUAUUUCGAGUAUCACCCGGAGAAGGAGGCGGACGUUGCCAGUUUUUGUAUAAAUAUUAUCAAGCGAGACUAUGGGACAAACUUUGCGAGCAUUCCGCCUCACGGCCGAUGGAGACAUCUUGACGCAAGCGUAGACCGUAUCGAUCCGAUGAUCUCCAAAUGGUCCGACGUAGAUGAAAAGGAGAUAGCCAAGAGAACCAUCGACCUCUUCGUUGUUUCCGUUCUCCUCGAUGCUGGUGCCGGUAGUGCAUGGAAAUACCGCGAAGAAUCAUCUGGGCAGACUUUCACUCGCUCCGAAGGGCUGGGAGUAGCCAGUAUGCAUAUGUUCCAGUCUGGUCUCUUUUCGAGCGACUCCGAGCAACCAUACCGUGGCCUGUCGAAAAUUACUGCGGAAAAGACUGCAACGGCGAUGCAAGUGAGCGACUCCAACCCAAUGGUUGGAAUUGAAGGCCGUGCUUCUCUUCUCUUCAACCUUAGCGAAGCCCUCAAAGAAUGUCCUCAGUUCUUUGGCUCUGAUGGACGACCUGGAAACAUCAUUGACUUCCUCGAAUCUCAAUCGGUCGUAGACCUGGACGGCGUCCGUGCGGCUCCUAUCUCCGCUCUAUGGUUCGCUCUCAUUGAAGGACUCAACCCCAUCUGGCCGUCACGCCUCUCGUUCGGCGGCGUUUCACUUGGGGACGUCUGGCCUUGUCCCGCGCUGGAUAUUAACAAUACCACCCACGACGACAGCAACAACCUCGUCCCAUUCCACAAGCUCACAAUGUGGCUUACAUACAGCCUUGUUGAAGUUCUCGAAAAGAAGCUUAAAUGGCGGUUAGAUGGAAUCGAAGAUAUGACUGGGUUGCCCGAGUAUCGAAACGGGGGCCUUCUCGUUGAUCUCGGGGUGCUCAGUUUGAAGGAGGGAGCCCUUCCUAUUGACACAAACUCAGGCUUACCACGCGUGGCUCCGUCUCAUCCCGCCAUCGUAGAAUGGAGGGCGAUGACCGUCAUCGAACUGGAUCGUAUUGCUGAUGCCAUUAGGAAACAACUCGGUUUGAGAACUGAUCAACUCACUUUAGCGCAAGUACUGGAAAGUGCGACAUGGAAGGGCGGCCGCGAAAUUGCCAAGGCGAAGCGACCAGAGACUUGUGGUCCCCCGAUUGAAAUUGAGAGUGAUGGUACUGUUUUCUAA